CACGGGAGGUUUUGUGAAAUUGCGCAAGUUAUUCCCCAGAUUUGGACAAGGCUGGCACAGCCGAGAUAGUGCUGAGCCAUGUUAUUUAUCAUACAAUUGUCAGCAGGUCGUCAACGUUUGUUCGAGCUCCCGUGGCAGCUGCUGAAACGUGCUGAGCUCCCUGUCAGAGCAAGCUCACAUCUCCAAUGAUAAACUGGAGCCCCGGAGCUGUCGCAACUGAUAGUGUAUCAGCAAGGAAAAACUGAAACGUUAUUGGAUAAUUUAGCUGGAAUUAUCACAGGAUGAAGUCACUAGUUUAAUUCUCGAGUCCUUUUCACGGCAUUACUCUGGAGCGUGCUCAGUUAGAGGGAACUUGCUCAGCAUGGGGAGUGUAACAGGCGAAUGCUCACAGCAGAACAAUCAGCACUCAAGUCACGAAAAUCACACCAACUCCCGAAGCACAGGGGAGUGCAAUGUGGUCGAUUACCGAUUUUUGAAACGAGACUACCACCACAGGGUAUUUGUCAACCGGAGUUUGGCACUUGAGAAGAUUAAGUGUUUCGGAUUUGACAUGGACUACACUUUGGCAGUAUACAGGUCUCCUGAGUAUGAAGAGCUCAGCUUUCAGCUGAUGAUUAAUCACUUGGUUUCAAAGGGAUAUCCACAGGAGUUGCUCCUCUACACAUAUGACCCCACUUUCCCAACCAGAGGGCUCAUGAUUGAUACACUGCAUGGAAACCUUCUGAAAGUGGACUCUCAUGGCAACAUCCUGGUGUGUGCUCAUGGCUUCAGGUUCCUCAAGGGAGCAGAGAUUCUUGAGCAGUACUCCAACAAAUUUAUCCAAAGAGAUGAUAUGGAACGCUUUUAUAUUCUCAACACCCUCUUUCACCUUGCCGAAACAUACCUGUAUGCCUGUUUAGUGGAUUUCUUCAUCAAGUGCUCCAAAUACACCAGCUGUGAAACCGGCUUUAAACAUGGUGACCUCUUCAUGUCAUAUCGGAACAUGUUCCAAGAUGUACGAGACACAGUGGAUUUUGUUCAUGACUCAGGGACCUUGAAGAAGAAAACUCUUGGAAACCUGGAAAAGUAUGUUAUGAAGGAUCCUCGGUUGCCUGUGCUCCUUCGGCGAAUGAGAGAAGUGGGAAAAGUUUUCCUUGCCACUAACAGUGAUUAUUCCUACACUGACGCAAUAAUGAAAUAUCUGAUCGACUACCCGCAUGGGCCAAAGUCUGGCACCUCGCAUGUUUCCUGGCAUUCCUACUUUGACCUGAUUUUAGUAGAUGCAAGAAAACCUUUAUUCUUUGGAGAAGGAACCGUUCUCAGACUGGUUGACACUGAAUCUGGGAAACUUCGAAUUGGCACUUACACAGGCCCCUUGCAAAACAGUAUUGUUUACUCUGGAGGGUCUUCAGAUAUGAUCUGUGACCUUUUGGGAGUGAAGGGUAAAGAGAUUUUGUACAUUGGAAAUCAUAUUUUUGGAGACAUCCUCAAAUCCAAGAAACGGCAGGGCUGGAGGACAUUCCUGGUUGUGCCUGAACUGGCACAUGAGCUGCAGGUCUGGACAGAGAGGAGCAGUCUUUUUGAAGAACUUCGGAACCUUGAUAUGUUUGUGGCAAAUAUUUACAAGAAUCUGGACAGCAGCAGCAAUGAACGUCCUGAUAUCACCUUAAUUCGGAAACAAAUAAAAGCAGUGACCCAUGAGAUGGACAUGUGCUAUGGAAAGAUGGGAAGUUUAUUAAGAUGUGGCUCCAGGCAAACACUAUUUGCUAGUCAGCUGAUGCGUUAUGCUGACUUGUAUGCUGCCUCGUGUAUAAAUCUUCUAUAUUACCCUUUCAGCUACCUAUUCCGAGCACCUCCUGCCCUGAUGCCUCAUGAGUCAACAGUUGAUCACGCUCCACAGGAUAUCAGUUGCAUGGAAUCUUUGCUGGAGAAUCAAAUGAACAAAAUCGAACUUACCAAUGGGAACCACCAGGCUUGUUGGCAAAAUGAUGGAACUGAUACAAGCGUGGAGGAGGAAGAGAAAUGAACAAAUUGCAAGUUUCUUAAAGUGGUAAUGAAUUAGUCUUUUGGUGUUUGGGAAAUAUUCCCUACAAUGUAUCCACUGACAACAAAAACAUAAUGACCCUCAAGAAUGAUUCUGAUCCACCUGAUAACUCAUUGUGACUGUGUGAUCUAUCAAGGUCUGUGUGCGAGUUCAUCUUUCAAACAUCAAUUCAGGCUGACCAAAUAACUCUUCCUGGAGGCUGCACACAGGCAGUAAUGGCCAGAAUAACAAUGGCAACAAACAUUUAAAGGAAACAUUGAUUGAAAAAUUUGAAUUAAGAUAGGGUUUAAAGAAUGGAACAAUUCAGUCUAUAUGAUAUUCACAUCACAUUACACAGACUUCAUAAAGUGUCGUAACAUUGUGACUGAAUACCUCAGGAGUUGUCUGUCAUUUACAAAGUAUUGUACUAUUUCAUACUCCUGCACUUGAAUGUUUUCUCCUUGAGUUAUUUGAAAUUUUCUCCCAAGAGGUAAUAAAUGAUGUUGCUUCGUUCAGAUGAAGACCUGAUCCCACAAACACAUCCUUCCCUUGACACCAAAACGUAUGGCUGGAAAUCUGCUGCAUUAUGGAACACAUUCAAGUCACGGAGACAGCAGAGAAGAAUGUAGAGAAGGACAUGUCAGUUUUGGUGAAAGUGAAAGGAAAUGCUUUGUGAAAAUUCCUUCAGAGUGUAUGAUCCAUUUUCUGGAGUCUUUACCCCUUAUUGCACUUGUACAGGAUAUUUAGAGAAUAUAUUUGAACUCUCUCAUUCCAAGAACCCUGAAAUUAUUGAUUUCCAAAAGUUCAGAGAAAUUUGUAUAGAUGUGAUUGAACAGAUGUUAUUCAAAUUGCAGUAUCUGAAAACAUCUCACAGCAAAAAGGGUUUGGGCUGAAGAUUUGAACUGAGGUUUGAGGAUGUGAAAUUUAGGAUGAUGUAAACCAAACAUUGAGAUUUCCACGUGUUAAUUUCUACUUCUAGUUGACCACUAAAGAUUGAAGUAGAAUUGAGCCAGAGAGCUGUAUGUGAAUUUACUUCAGUUAUAAACAUUUUCAGUCAAUUGAGUUAAUGAAAAAUGGUUCGAAUCAGAGUCCCUCUAUAAAAUUUGAAAAUAAUGUACAAGAUAGCAAGUGUUAUCCAGCCUAAAAUUUUUAAUUUACUCAGGCAACAAAUUCCAAACAGACUUUUCCCUGUAAAAAUAAUAGUGCCAUUUAGUGUUGAUAUUGUGUUUGUGUAACAGUUACAGAUACAAAGGUUUCUGGCGUUUCAAGGUACGUAAGACAACAGUUGGAGUUAGGUAGAGUCAAGACAGUGUGGAGCUGGAGGAACACAGCAGGUCCGGCAGCAUCAGAGGAGUAGGAACGUUGACGUUUCGAGUCAGAACCCUUCUUCAAAACUCCUCUGAUGCUGUCUGAUCUGCCGUGUUCCUCCAGGUCCACACUGUGUUGACUCUGACUCCAGCAUCUGCAGUUGUUGUUUUCUUUGAUUCUUUAGUUGGAGGUAGGUCGCAAAGAUUUUGUUUUGUUGAUUGUUAUAGGAACAUCUGACAUUUCAUGAUGCUUUUCAAAAUGGUUUGAUAUUGACCUUUGGGAUUUUGUUUUUAAUUAAAAACAUUUUCAAGAAACCAAAAAGAUGGAAUUUUACGAUCUGAAUGAGAUAUUGCUCUUCGGUCAAAAUUGUAUGAAUCAAUCCUAAAAUGGACAGGUGGCCAUCAUAUUGUAUUGCAUAUGGGUCAAAGUCACGAUGAAACAAAAUUUGGCCAUUCAGUCCUUCAAACCUGUCCCUAGUUGGUCAAAGGAUUGCAGAUCAAUUUCUUAACGUCUUCAUUAUGUUCGUACAUUGCAGUUGAAAAGAUUUACAUGUGACUGUGCGACUGCAACUGAAAAAAAUUUGGACAAAAGCCAGUGUGUCACAACAUUGAUCCUGGGAGAUUUGGAGAAAUUGUACUGGGCACUAAAUUGCCAAGUUGUAUUUUCUGCACAGUUUGAUGAAUGCUCCAGCCAACCUGCUUUGGGAUAUUUGGGGCAUUACAUUUGCAUCUUUCUGUUGCAUGACACUGUUGAGUAAACAGUGUUGUCUUGGAGAUUUGCACGCUGAGGAAAAUGUUUUAAUGAAGCCCCAAUACUGCUAUUUUCUGCAGAUAGCGAAAACUGAAGUGCAGCUCUUGCUGUGGUUCUGUUAGCAUGUAAAUAAUGUAUUCCCCUUGUAGUCUGUUUUCAGGGGAAGGUCUGGACUGUUCUUCUGAAUACUUGAGAUUCGGAAGAUUACAAACGAAAACUUUAAGUGCUGUAUGUUUGUAUCAGUGUCUGAGGGGCUGAAAGUGUUAACAUUGAAGGAAUCUAUGGGAAGACAAUGAUGUCAUACGGAGAUUAGUUUACAUUUGAAAGAAAAAAGGGCGUAGUGUUCUAGGCCCCCUCGUAAUCUCUGAGGCUGAAACCCCUUCUGAAAGAUUUGUUGCGAUAUAUGUAAUGCACCCUGAUUACUUUGGUGGCACAGAUAUUUCAGCCUUAACUAAGUUUUCCCUUCAGACCAAAAUAUUACUGUUACAUGUCAUCUGGUCUAAUGGUACCUUUGUCAAUCAUCAUAUGUUUGUAAUUGGCCUGAUUGCAUCUUUGCAACAUGGUUAAUAUUUUUUGCUGCCAACUGCGAAAUAAACACUGUU